CAUUCGUCUCCUCCACACAGCCAACUUUACCUUCUGAACUGCAAACAGAGAGAGAACCCUAGACUUCUGCAGCCAUGACUGUCGUGUUGAAGAUGCUGUGCGUUCUGCUCUGUGCAGUGUUCGCCUCUGCUGAAGUCAUGCCUAUGACUGACUUCGACCUGGAGAAGAUGGGAGGAAAGUGGUAUCUCGUUGGCUUUGCUACAAAUGCAAAAUGGUUUGUCAGUCACAAGGAUGACAUGAAAAUGGGAGCUGCCAUGCUGACGGCUACCGCGGACGGAGACCUUGACCUCAGUUACUCUAAUCUAAAGAGUGAUGGUUCCUGCUGGAGAAUGACGCACCUUGCCAAGAAAACUGAGACUCCAGGACGUUUUGUCUUCCACAGCCAGCGUUGGCAAAAUGACAAUGACAUGCGCGUGGUUGACGCCAAAUUUGACGAGUACGCGCUCGUUCACACCAUAAAGACCAAGGGAGACGUGUCUGAGGUUCUCAACAAACUUUACAGUCGUACCACAGAAAUUACUGAUGAUUUGAAGGAAAAGUUCAGGCAGUUCUCUCUGGACACCGGCAUCCUUGAGGAAAACAUUGCCAUGCUGCCACCAAACGGAGAAUGCUCAGAUGCCUAAGCAUCUCAUCAUCAACCAUUAAGGACAAAGACAACUUCAGCUGGUCUGAUCAUUUCACCUGAAAAACAGAUCUGAAUUUGCUGGCCUUCGUCUGCUUGGUUUUGGUCUUUUUCACUUUGUGCCUUAAACACAGUUAUGUCGAAUCAAUUUGCAACUCCAGAGCUUAUCCAAAGGACGUCUCAAGCAGGGGGACACGAUGGAAAAGUAUUACCUUGUCCAAAUGAUGCAUUUUACUAAGUUUAACUGUAUUGACGUGCAAGGUUUUCUUUUUGGUGUUGAUGUUGGAAAAGACAUGUCUUAUCACUAAUGCCACACCUACAAAUUUUUUUUUUUUUUUUAUUAACAGUUCUCUUUUUUUUUUUCUUUGGUGGUUUUGUUUACUGCUGUUGAAUUAAAUUGGUUUACAAAUGACAAA